AUGCGUACAAGCAUCACAGUCGCAGCCCUCCUGGGCUCGACUUUCCUACUCGUGGCUGCCGCACCACUUCCUCAAGCCAAAACCAACGUCGUGACCCUCGCAAUCUUCAGUCAGGUAUUGACCGACAACCCUGACUUGAUGGGCGACUUCUACAACCAUCCUCACGUCAAGUUCCUGGCUAGCACGUAUCAAGGUGGCAACAUGAAUGAUCAUUUUGGCCGCAUGAUGCUGGAUCCCAGCGUCCAGGAGGUGGUCAAAUCCUUGCAAGCCAAAGCUGCUUCCCUUGUCACUAUUUCCCCUUCCCUUGGUCUCAACCCUUCUCCUGUACUCCAACGCAGAGGUCUAUUUGGAGAGAUUUUGGACAACAUCGCCGACGGCAUUCUCGCCACAAACGGGGGCAAGGUGUACGGAGAACCAUGGGUAGAUUUCGGCCCUGGUCCAUAUGAUUUGGACAGAGUCAUACCAAAAACAUGCCCGCAUGACAACGUCGGCUUCUCGACAUGCUUCGCUAGCUCAAUGAUGGAGCAGUUGUUUGGUUGUUGCAAUGCCCCUCAAAUCGACUCUUACGAUGACUACAUGCCUCCUGGUACCACUACUUGGCUCAGUCGCUUCAUCCCACUAGCUGGACCAAGAGCAGACGGAUCAAAACAAGAAUGGGAACCUAGGUUUGGUCCUAAGCCGAUCCUGCCACCAGAACCCGUUCGUGAAACAAAGACGAUGUUUGUACCUGGCGGAGAGACUAAAAACUUCUUCGACACACCUCGUCCACCUCACGAUGACGAAGACACAUUAGCCUCAUUCACGCACCACGAGUCCGAGGAAGAAGGAAGAUAUUCAGUCACGACAUAUCAACCAGAAGAUGGGGAAGCCUAUUCAAUCACAGCACCAGAGUCGGACUACCAAAUCUGGAAGGAGUCUUCUGAUCCCGAUGUUGAGGGUUGGUCGUCCUACUACUCUGAACCAGACAUGCCACCUGACGUGCCACAAACGCCACAAACACCACCCGGAGCACCCGCGGACUUUGGUACAGUGGCAAACAUGUUCACAACACAGGUCUCACAAGGAGGUGAAACGUUCUCACUCAGAACAUUCACAUCAGAGGGAGGAGGCACAUAUUCAGAACGAGUGGACUGA